GACGCACUAAAAGAAUUAGUAAUUCUUCUUUGUCUAUUUGCUGAAGUGUCAACUUAUUUAGGUGCAAGCAAAACAUCAAUGAUUGGAUUUAUUAAUCCAACCCUGGUGCAUAUUAAGCAAGAUUUAGAUGAUGAAGGUUGCCAAUUUUAUAAUACACCAAAUUUGGUUAACUUAGAAAACUUAGAAAUGGUCUUUGAUAAUGAGAUUGAAUAUGAAGAUGUUGAAGAGUGUGAAAUUUUAAAACAUCAUAGAAUAAAUAUCAAUGUUCCACAAAACUGUGAUAAUUUGGGAAGAAAAGUACAGGUAGCAUUGUACAAAGCCCUUGAAGCAUAUUGGAAUUCUCCAGCUGAUGAUUAUUUACUACCUACAUUGUUGGAUCUAUGUCACAAAAAACUUGAAUUUGCAAACUCUCUUGAUCGCAAGUUUGUUAUAGAUACCUUAAAAAAUAUGUAUAAUAAGUAUACUCAAGAUUCUCAACAAACUCCACUAACAAAUUUAACAGAUAUUGUUAAACCAUAUAACUUAGAUAAUGAAUUAUCUACCAAAUCUCUUAAAAAAAAAUUUUGUUCACUUUCUCAAAAUAAUGAAGUUGAAAAUUAUCUUCAACUUAAUGAGAUUGAUUUAGAAUCAGAUGCUUGCACUUGGUGGGCUGCACAUAAAAAUAACUUUCCUGUUUUAGCUUCUUUUGCCCAUGAAUAUUUGGCUAUGCAAGCUACAUCUACACCUAGUGAGCGUCUUUUUUCCAAUGCUGGAAUUAUAAUGAGUACUCAUAGAACAAAUUUGGGAUCAUUAUUAUUUGAACGUCUAUUAUUUUUAAAGAGAAACUCAACUUACUUGGAAAAUAUUUGGCUAAGAAUUGAGUAA